GCGGGAGGGGGGCGGCGCGCGUCUACAACAGCGCGAGCCUCCGCGGCCCCAGAGCGCCAGGAGAGGCAGCUGCUGCGGAGCGGAGCCCAGCCGAGCCGAGCGACAUGAGCCUGCGCGCUGGGGCCGCGUGGGCCGUGGUGGUGCUGCGGCCACGCAGACACUUCAGCAGCAGCGCGACUACUUUCAACAGAUUAAAAGUUGCUAUUAUUGGGCAAAGUACCUUUGCGGCAGAAGUUUACAAACUUUUGCGAAAAGAUGGCCACAAAAUUGUUGGAGUAUUCACGGUCCCUGACAAAGGAAAUAGAGAAGAUCCCUUAGCCUCAACCGCUGCAGCUGAUGACAUACCAGUUUUUAAAGUGAAGGCAUGGCGAAAAGCUGGCUUACCAAUUCCAGAGAUGGUUGAACAGACUUUAAUUAAUGGUGACAAGCAAGCUGGUUUCUCUAUUUUCUGGGCAGAUGAUGGUUUAGACACAGGACCAAUUUUACUCCAACGUUCCUGUCCAGUGGAGCCUAAUGACACAGUUGAUUCUCUCUACAAUCGAUUUCUAUAUCCAGAAGGCAUCAAAGCUAUGGCAGAAGCUGUCAACUUGGUAGCAAAUGGAAAUGCUCCAAAAAUUCCACAAAAAGAGGAAGGUGCAUCUUAUGAACCAUCAUUAGGCAAGGUAGACUUGCAGCAGGUGGAUUGGUCUCUUCCAGCAGAAAAAAUACACAAUUUUAUUCGUGGCCUUGACAGCUCACCAGGUGCGUGGGUGGUAAUGAAUGGCAAGCAAACUAAAGUAUUUGGAUCAACAUUAUGGGAGAAACCAACAGUGGAUGGACAAGAAGUAGAGAUUUCUGGGAUGUCAGGUAAAGGAAUAAUACAUCCAGAAGGUCUUCUACUCCAUGGUUCAGAUAAUAAAUUGGUCAAUAUUAAGCGAAUAUCAAUUGAUGGAAAAAUGAUUGCUGCAAGCAAUUAUGGUCAGGAGGGAAAAGCAGAAGAACAACUGGAUUACACAGAAGAAGAAAGAAACACAGUGAAGAAACUUGCUUGUAUAUGGAAUGGAAUACUGAACAUAAAUGUUGAAGAUAACACAGAUUUCUUUGCUUCUGGAGCUGGGUCAAUGGAUGUUGUGAGGCUUGUGGAAGAAGUUAAAGACAAACUGAAUCUUGUAAUUCAAAAUGAAGAUUUAUUUAUGGCCACAACAUUUAAGGAUUUUGCCCAACUAGUCAUAACAAAAUGUCGAGGAGGUUCAGAAACAAAGAAACUAAUGCACAAAUCUAUUGAUGUAUUUGCAAACAACAUGACUCUGCAUUUCCCUAAUCAACUUUUCAUAAAUGGUGAAUUUGUUGAUGCUGUACCUAACACAACAUUGGACAGUAUUAAUCCACAUGAUGAAAGUGUGAUUUGUAAGGUGCAAUGUGCUUCCAAGGAUGAUGUGAACAAGGCUGUGCAAGCAGCAAAGCGAGCUUUUGAAGAUGGUGAAUGGUCCAAAAUCAGUGCACGGGAAAGAGGCCAUCUAUUAUUCAGAUUAGCUGAUCUGAUGGAUGCACAUCGAGAAGAGCUAGCUUCAAUAGAAUCUUUGGAUUCAGGAGCUGUUUACACUUUAGCAUUAAAAACACAUGUGGGAAUGUCUAUAGAAACCUGGCGAUAUUUUGCUGGGUGGUGUGAUAAAAUACAAGGCAGUACCAUCCCAAUUAGUCAUGCCAGGCCCAAUAGAAACUUAACAAUAACAAAAAAGGAACCAAUAGGAGUAUGUGGUUUAGUUACUCCUUGGAACUACCCACUCAUGAUGUUGAGUUGGAAAAUGGCAUCUUGUCUUGCUGCAGGGAACACUGUGGUUAUGAAACCAGCUCAGGUUUCACCCCUUAGUGCACUUAAGUUUGCCGAGUUGUCCAUUCUGGCAGGUAUCCCACCAGGUGUUAUAAAUAUUCUUCCAGGGAAAGGUUCUGAAACUGGCAAUGCCAUUGCUAAUCAUCCUGACAUCAGAAAAUUAGGAUUCACUGGAAGUACAUCUGUGGGGCAAGUGAUCAUGCGAUCCUGUGCAGAUUCUAAUGUGAAAAAAGUGUCUCUUGAAUUAGGAGGGAAAAGUCCAUUAAUCAUUUUUAAUGAUUGUGAUUUGGACAGAGCUGCUAUGAGUGGAGUUUUCUUCAAUAAGGGAGAGAACUGUAUUGCAGCAGGCCGUUUGUUUGUGGAUUCUUCUAUCCAUGAUGAGUUUGUUGAGAGAGUAGUUAAAGAAACUAAGAAAAUGGUCAUGGGUGAUCCAUUUAAUCGUAGCACUGAACAUGGCCCUCAAAAUCACAAAGCUCACUUGGAUAAAUUAGUUGAAUUUUGUAAUGUUGGUAUUAAAGAAGGUGCUACACUUUUAUGUGGAGGGAAACGAGCUGACAGAAAAGGUUUUUACUUUGAACCAACAGUGUUCACUGAUGUCGAAGAUCACAUGUAUAUUGCUCAAGAGGAAUCAUUUGGACCUGUAAUGGUGAUUUCUAAGUUUGCGAGCGGAAAUGUAGAUGCUGUAAUAAAAAGAGCAAACAACACAGAGUAUGGACUUGCAUCGGGUGUAUUUACAAGAGAUAUUAACCGAGCCCUUUACAUUGCUGAAAAGAUCGAUGCUGGCACUGUGUUUAUUAAUACUUAUAACAAGACUGACGUGGCAGCUCCAUUUGGAGGCUUCAAACAGUCUGGAUUCGGAAAGGAUCUGGGAAAAGCAGCUUUGGAUGAAUACCUUAAAACAAAAUGCAUCACUUUUGAAUAUUAAUCAUCUCAAAAAAUGUUAUAGUUUUCUACUUUUUUUUACAAUUAUUAUGAUUCUAAAGCAGCUAGUUAUUGUAACUUUUGUAUCAUCUUUAAAUUGCAAAAUUUUUAGAAGCUACAUCUAUUGAUUUUUCUGAGUGUAAAAUAAAUGUAACGUUAUAUUUGCUCAGUAAAUGAAGCUACCAAUUAUUGGGCAUGCAAUUAUUGUUGCCCAUGGUAUAGCUUCCUUUUCUUUGAGUUUGUAAUAUUUAAAAACAUUGUCAUACUGAAUAUUUUUUGCCUGUACUGAGAAAGUGCUUAGAUACAUUUCUACACAAGAAGCAAAUCUUGAAGUUUCUUUUAUUGAACUGCCAAUGUUUCACCUAAAUGUACAUUUAAAUGAAUUGUAAAAACAAGUACCAGUACAUUGUUUUUGAAGUGCCAUGCAAAUAUUUUGUACACAAUUUGUAACUAUUUUUAUAAUAAAGACUGAAUUGAAAUAACAUGAUAGUAAGGAUAAAUUUAUUUUUUCAUUAUUUUUUUCCACUUAGUUUAAAGAAAGAUUAACUUAAGAAUUGUUAAAUGAGACAUAUCCUAUGUGACAGUAAAUUUUAGCAGAGCCGUCUUCAAAUUUAUUGUGUUUAAGGGGCAAUAAACUCAUAAACAGUCUAUUGGAAUAUGUAUGACGAGAGUUCUUCAGAUAAAUGUUGAUCUUUUUGUAUUUACCAUACACAGCUGUAAUUUUUUAAUAGCCUAAGUAUGAAUAUGAAUAAAAUGAUGUACAGAACA